AUGGAUAACACGUCCGUCGAAACAUUGCGCGUUCCCGGUUUCGGCGGCUACCCGCUGGAGGACGAGAUGCCCGUUUGGAGUCGAUUCGCCAACGGCAUUAGAGAAUGGAAGCAGGUCCCGGCAAUCACGCGACGCGAGUUCGCAAUGGUCGCCGUCAUGAACGAGCUGACAGAUCGAGUCGAUUGGCAAAAUGGCAUUUUCGAUCCAUCCACGGUUGACGGCUGGCGCAAAGACGCCAUGGAUUCUGAACCGUUGAUGAGCAACAAGGCAUGGGAAUGGUGUGUGGCAGAGCUGCGAGACAAGGCGGCCUACUUGAAAGAACAUGGCUACGUUCGCGUGUUGGACACCGGCUCGUGUGUUUGCAAGUCAGAUACGUUGGCACCCGAUUCGCUCUGCGCACAGUUACAGUCGGGACUCGAGCCGGUCAUUGCCAAGCACCGGGACCGUGGCGAGGCAAGCGGCAUCUCUACCUAUGUCGAUCCUUCUCUGUAUCCGUUGGUUUACGGGACAAGUCUAGUCCUAUCUCAUGGUGGCCAGGUCAUGCGCCACGGCCAGAUCAAGGGCGACGCAAGUUCCGGCUUGGAGAGGGCACCAGAUCUCCCAGACAAGAGAGUUGGCUCCGAAACCGUACAGAGUCGUAUGGGAGAUACGCGCCAUCGACCGUGGGAAUAUGUCUUUUCAGACUUGAGCUGGCCAGAAACGGAGGCAUAUCUCUGGUCGUACAAAUACCAGUGGCUGCCAAGCGACGUUGAUUUUACGAACCCUGGCAGUACUAGUGUGCGGCUGGCUUCAUAUAUCAAUAAUCUGAGUGAUGUACAGGGCAGUCUGUACGCCUGCAUCGAACAGCUGAUAUCGUCAUGUAUCGAGCCCUGGAAUGGUUGCCUGAUCAAGGGCCAGCCAGGCUGGAAUGAUGAGUCUAUCAGGCUCGAUGACGGGGGAUACGCACCGUUUGGCAAUGUCAGGAGACAACGAGGGCGGGUGCCUUGCAGGAUUAUAACGUAUGGUGUGGAGUGGGUUAAUGAAGCCGAAGACUGGAUGACCACUUUCGACGGAUCCCGCCGGAAAAGGCUUGCCAUGUAUGACAAGCUACGGGCAAACCUCAAGGCCUUGAAGCAGGAGCAGCCUCUAAGGGAUGCAGACGAGAGGGAGUGGACAAAAUACAACUUGCGGAUCAAGGAGGCCGAGUCUAAGAUCGAUGGCCAUGACAUGAAGCAUGUUAGGCCGCUACCUGAGCCAACGCCGGAGCUAUGGGCAAGGGCAAAGGAGUUUCUGGAACGACCAGAGCCCGGAUCGGACGCAAGAAUUGAAUUACCGGAAGGCUGGGAGAAAGUUGUGGGCACACUGAUCAAGCAGAGAGUCUCACGUUUCUUGCAUUUUAAGCACCCGGAACCAGGCACGGCUUUUUCGUAUGAAGAGUGGAAGUCUGGUACACAUGAUGGGAGAGCAAUCGUUGACAUGGUCACACACAGGCCGAUCAGACCUGACGUCAUUCCUCCCAGGACUCCCCACGAGACCUACAAUGUUAAACUGCAAGACUUUCGGAACAAAGGUCUCCAGGUUAUUGUCAGAGUCGAGGGAGUUGAGCUAAGCCCCGAGAAACCAGAGUAUCCGGGCAGUGCCUGGACUAUAGAGGGACAGAAGAACGAGCAUAUUGUUGCAAUUGCCAUGCUCGCAUACGACGUGGACAACGUUACUGCAAGCGAGAUAUCCUUUCGCCAGGAGACCCAAGUCGGCGAAGCUUUCUUUCAUCACGGCCCGUUCCUGUAUGAGGGAAAUUAUAUCGGUUCGUGGUGGAACCAGCCGGCCCACGCCAAGUACAAGGGCUGCCAGAUGGAGCAGAUUUCCGAGGUCUUUGGCUUUGACCCGGCCCAGAUGUGCGGAGACCUCCACAACUUUGCAUUACCCGUACAGGAGAUUGGAAAGGUUGCGCUCCCGCAGGGACGGCUGCUCGCGUUCCCUAACGUCAUAGAAUAUCGACGAGAGCCGUUUCGCUUGAAAGAUGCCGAAAGGCCAGGGCAUCAUCGGGUCAUGACGGUGAUGCUUGUGGAUCCUAACUAUCGAAUCUGUUCUACGAGGAAUGUCCCCCCACAGCAGGCUGAGGGACGAUUUACUGCGGAAGAGGCGGAGGGUUUCAAAAGUGAGUUAGAGAAGGAACAUGCCUGGAUGCAAUAUGCGAGAUACAAUCUCAUGGGCACAUUCUUCUUUUGCUAG